AUGUCCCUCUCGAACAGCGACAUCAUCGGCAUCGUAACCAUCAUUGUGUCAUGCCCUCCCUUACUGCUGUUGAUCUGGAAGAUCCUCGAUCGGAUGAAUCGUAACCGAUCGGAGCGCGACCGGGCUGCUGCAGAUGUUAUCCAAACGUAUCGCCUUCCCAUCUACGAGCCUGUCGCCCAAAAAACAUACCCGCGUGCCAACCCCCAAGCCAUCGUCUUCUUCUACAUCACUCUUACCGUCCAAUUUAUCAUGCCAUUCCGUCGCCGUCGCCAGUAGCUCUGCAUCUACAAGACAAACAAAGUCAAGCAAAGCAUGGCUAUCUUCCCCGGCGUCUUCAUUUCUUG